AUACCGGAAUCGCAUACGCAUGAGAUUGUGAUCAGAUGUGAAAUACUUGCAUUUUGAGAAAGAAUAACACUUUCAAUCGGAUAUUCUGACUGUUUAUGUUCGUGUAAAAGCAAUGACUGCUACAGGAAAACGGAGGAAUUCGGAGAAAAGAAAGGAGAAGUCCCGCGAUGCUGCUCGAUGUCGUCGUGGGAAGGAGACUGAGGUGUUUUCAGAGCUGGCUAAAGAACUGCCUCUGCCACCCUGUCUCAAUCAGCUGGACAAAGCUUCAGUGAUGAGAGUGGCCAUUAGUCACCUCAAAAUACGCCAGAUUAUGGACAAAAUGGACAUUCAAGAUUUGGAUUCCAAUGAAAUGUUGGAGGAUGUUGACAACCUCUAUGGAAAGGCUUUGGAUGGCUUUGUGGCCAUCAUUUCGGAUAACUGUGACAUGGCCUAUGUCUCUGAGAGUGUGGCUAAAUAUCUUGGCAUACCUCAGAUCGAUAUGAUUGGUCAGAGUCUGUAUGACUUCACUCACCCUUGUGACCACGAUGAGCUCACGGACAUGAUGUCCACCAAGUCUCACAAAGGCAUGGAGCAGGCCGCCGAGGAACACAGUAUUUUUGUGAGGAUGAAAUGUACGCUCACCAGCAAGGGGAGAAGUGUGAAUCUCAAGUCAGCUUCAUACAAGGUGAUUAAGUUUACUGGAAAGCUGAUUGAGAUCAAGGAGGAGAGAGUGGUGCAGCAGGAAGAGGAAGAUGAUGAUGACGACGAAAGGGACGAUGACAUAGAGCAGGAGAUGAAGGUGGAGAAGGAGGCUCGACGUACUGGAUAUUUCCUCGGUGUCGGCGAGCCGAUACCACACCCCUCUAACAUAGAGGUGCCACUCGACUGUAAAACAGUCCUCAGCAGGCACAACAUGGACUCCAAAUUCACUUAUUGUGACAGCAGGAUGAAGGAAUUGGUUGGAUACAGUAGUGAAGAGCUUAUUGGUAAAUCCAUCUUCUCCUAUCACCACGCCCAGGACAGUAACAUCAUCGACAAAGCAUAUAGGGACUUGUUUGCUAAAGGCCAAAUGAUGACUGGUCAGUACAGGUUCCUGGUCAAGCAGGGUGGGUUUGUGUGGGUCAUCACUCAGGCCACAGUCAUCUAUAACAGCCGGACACAGAAGCCCCAGUGUAUAGUGUGUGUCCAUUACGUCACAAGUGGGGUAGAACAGGACAAUAUGAUUCUGUCGGAUGUACAGGACGCUGAAGUCAAGACAGAGGUUAAGAAGGACGUGAAGGAGGUGAUCCAGUGGAGUUUCGGACCGAGCACAAAGGACGUUUUUGUUACCAAGACCGAGGAUGAUAAGGAAGACUUCUACUUCAGUGAAGUUCCUAAAACUCGCUGUAAGCAAAUGGAUCUUCAGCAUCUGGCACCAAUUGCUGGAGAUGCCUGUGUUCCUCUGGACACAACUUUUUUCAAAGGACAACCUAAGCAGGAUCAAGGGAAUGACUUGCCAGUAAUCAUUCUGAAGGAGGAGCCAAGAAUGACGCUGUGUAGCGGAAACGAUCCCAAAAUGAUCAGUCCGGCCAGUACAGCUUGCUCGACCCCACUUACAGCAUCUCCCAUGCACAGCCCAACUCCGCCAGUUUCGGAAGACUUCUUGAUAACGAUAAACCCGGCGGAUAUUGUCGCCAUGGACCAGUUCUUCACCACUAUGGAUAUGACACAAAUGCAGAUGUCUGAUGGCUGCCUUUCAGGGGAGGAAAUCGACAUGGACACCAGAGCCCCCUACAUCCCGAUGGACUCUAGCGAUGACUUCAGCCUGCUUCCACCAGCACCUGAUGAGCUCUUUAACCUUAACGCAGACUUCAACCCCGGUCUGUUCGGCCGCACUGAAUCGGUUUUCACUUCAAAAGACAAGCUGUUCCCUGAGGAACCACCACAGAAGCGCCAGAGUCUGUGGGAUAUGUUGGAAGGGAGUACCACUGUUGCCACUAUCAAGCGGCCUGUUGACAUGGGUAUUAUGCAAAUGAAGCGGCCACUGGAUCAGACCAAUCAGGAAAAAGGACCUCCUAUCGCAAAACGAAGUUGUCCUGAUGUAGGAAAUAAGUCACUGAGUAGAGGUCAAUUAGGCAGUGACAGUGUUCUCAUGAACUUACUUUUAACGGGCGAAGAUCGCUCCUACGGAUAUAGUGUAUUUACAGCACAGAAUGAAAAAACAGCAAAAUCAACAAAAAUAGAACAGGUACACAAACAGAUACCCUCAAGGGCUUCAAAUUGGAACCCUACAAAAUGUGCGUUCCUCCCUAAGAUUACACAGCAUGAUUGCGAAGUCAACGCACCAUCCCAGCCUAAUGACGGUCUGCUUCAAGGUGAGGCUAUAAUGCAAGCUUUGGAUAUAGAUGCUUUUCCUCCGCAAAUCAUUUGAUAUUGACCAAUUCACAAGAUUCGGCACCAAUUUUUUAGCAGUGCUCCUUGAAAGCAAAACAGAUUUUGAAGUUGUUUUUUUUUUUUAUUUUUCUAAAGACUUUUAAAGGUUCUUUGUGAUGCAGAUUUACUUGGCAAGCUUUAACAUGAAACCGAUUUAUUUUUUUCAAGAUUUCCAAAUUUUUCAAAUUCAAAUUUGACUGAUGGAACCAAUUUCCUGAAUAGUCUGGACUGAUUUGUGAUGAUAGUUUUAAUGAGAAAAGGAGCUUGUUUUAACAGGAAGCGUUUAUAUUUGACCAGCAUUUUUUCUGAUAUUGACAUUUUUUGUGUUUUUGAUUUGUUUAUUGAUAUUGUUUUUAUUGGACUCUAUAUUCUAUGUUUCUCUAAGUAUUUGUUGUGUUAGUGGUACAUUGUAACAGUAUUUCUGAAUUCCCUCUUUGAUGGAUUUUGUCAUCCUACUGGUAGUAAUCAUAUUUUCAGACAGUGCCUUUGGAUAUAAAGUUUGAAAUUUAUUGUCAUUUUUAGGGUUUGGUUUUACCUAGCAACAUUAUAUUGUAACAUUUUGUAUAAACAUUUUCACUCACAUUUAAAAUUAUAUUGAUAAUUAGUCGUUAUCUUCACUGCAUCCUAGUAUUAAAUAAGUAGAGAAAAAUUAUUUAAAAAAAAAUAGAAAUAAAAAAAAUUAAAAAAAAAAUAAAAACUUAAAAACAACAAAAAAACACAAAUAAAAACAACACCGUUUUCAUGUAGGAUAAAGCCAUGCUUAUGUUGACAUUCAUUUUUCCAGAACAGGCUUAAAUAGAGAUUUUUCUUUAAGUUUAUCUUUUGAAAGGAAAUCAAAAUUUGAAUAACACUGUUUAAGGUUAUGAAUAUGUGUUCAUCUGAUUACAGAGAUUGCACUAAGGCUAGAUUUGAGAUUAUUAAUGUGUCUUUUUUGGUAAAACAUGAUGUAUACAUGUAUUGUAGUUAUCUUACCCCUGAUUAUAUACCGACUAUUAUAUGAUGAAGAAGCAUUAUUUUCGUUUUGUGUUGUACAGAGUUAUGUUAUUAUUGGUACUUUUUUGAGUGCUGUAUAUUUUUCGUCUAUGUUAUAUAAAAAAUCAUUCUUAAUUUUUAUAGAAAUCCGACCUGAAAACAAAAAUAUAUUUGUUUCUUCAUUUCCACAUUACAGAUAAUUUUAAAUCAUCAUGGUUUGGAAAAACAAUCUUAAUUCAUUCAUGUUAAGUGCUUAUUCAUUGUGAUUGAAGAUGUGGAAAAAUUAUCUAAAAUUUGUUAAAAAUGGAGCACUAUUGUGUGCAAUGAUUUAACUUUCAAAGUUUGAAAAGACAGUGUAAAUUACAAUUGUUCGUAGUAGCUUUUAUUGAUAAAACAUGAUAGUUUUUGUUUGUCAGGACUGGGUAUCUUUGUUGACUAGUUGUCAAUUAGUCAAAUUUUUUAAAUUGUCAUUGAAAAUUUGAAAAUGAGAUGUAUCUCUUUUUGAAUGGUCACAAAUUUUCAAAUUGACUUUCUGAAAAAGAAAAUUUUCAUGUAAUUUUUUUAAGAGGAAAGUGUAUGCAGAUACCUUUGUACAUUGUUUUAUGCUUUGAAACUUACAUUUGCAAAUAUUACUUUCAAGUAGAGAAAACAUGAAAGAAAUGAACAUAUGCAAAAAUUAAAUUGGAAUCUUACUUAAACCAAAUUUGUAUAUGUUCAAUUUCAACAUAGAGAUUUAUAUUUAAUUUUCUUCAAUUUCGUAAUAUAUCUAGCAUAUGUAAAAAAAUCCUAUUUUUCUACUUGUGCAAUUUUAAGUUAAAGAAGAAUUUUUUUUAUUUUCUUAUGUUGAAAUGUUUAAGGAAGAGAAAAUAGAAAGUUUUGGUUUUCUCUAAUUUUGAAUUACUUAGUUAUUGUCACCUUUAUUUUGUGUAUUACAUAUUAUGAAUAUAUUGUAAUUGUAUAUGGAUGGCCUGUCACAUAUAAAACAGAUGUAUAUCAUAUUUAGGAAAUCCAAGGUCACCAAACCAAAGUUUAAAGAUAUGUUUUUACUUAAAUUUUGUAAACGAAUAUUGAGUUAUAAUCAGCUUGUUUAGAGUUUAGCUUGUGAAAUUGAGCACUGAAAAUGGACAUUAUGUAAUAGUUAGAUUCAUGGUGAUAUGAAUAAUGGUUAUACGGCACAUACAUGUAUUUGAAUGUAUAUCUAAGUAUAUAUCACCUUCCGUAGAUCAUACCAAACCCGGUUCAUAUAUUUAGGAGUUGUAUUUACAAGUGUGCCCUUGAUCAAGGAAGCUUUUAAGAAUAAGAUAUAAAAUUAACUGGCACACUUAUAUAGUUACACAAUAUGCACUCUUUAUACCCCACCCAACCCACCACUUGUACUUUAAAGAAUAUAUCAUUUUCAUUUUUUCUUUUUUUUUUCAUUUUUAUUGAAAGUUAUCUUCAAGUUUUGUAUGCUUCCUAUAGUCCAUAGUUCAUCAUGAUGUGCUUUAUCAUCAGUUUUAAUAUCACUCUAUUUACUUUAUAUGCUGACCACAUACACAUUUUGAUCAUAAGAAAAAACAUUAUUGUAUAUAUUCCUGGUACCCAAAUUUAGAUUCAUAUGUCCAGAUUUUUAUGGUAUUUUUAUGUAUCAUUUCAAGACAGUCAUGUUUCUCAUUUGAUGACUUGAGCAGAAUAUGCAUGGAAUGAUUUUACCACACUGGACAUUUUAUAAGGUGAUGAAUCAGCGAGUUGACCUCCUGAUAGACAGACAUGCUUGUUGUCCUUUUUAGUGUAGUGACAAUAAAACUAAAACUGCAA